UACCGAAUUACAAUUAAAAUUCAAUCCCAAUCCCAAGAAAUACAACGUGUAUUCGGUAAUACCAAAUAUAGAUAAAUUCGGUACGGUGUUCGGUAUAUCCCAAAUAGCGGUACCAAACUUCCAGCCCUAAUUGCAAAUAUAAAUGGUUUUGAACACUAAUUGAGAAGGCUUCACCCGGGUGUUGCUCCGCUGCAAAUAGUGAUGGCAACAAAACCCGAACCCACGAGUACCCACCCGACCCAAUCCAUUCAACGCGGGUAAAAUCCGUGUUGACGGGUUUUGGACCGGGUUUGGGUUUAAACUCGUUCACUAUUCACCGGGUUGGGUUAGGGUUUAGGUAAACCCGACCCAUGGGUACCUGCCCACACCCAUAUAAUUAAUUUUCUCGGUAUAUUUAAUGUUCUAAAUAAAUAAUCUUAUUUAUGUUUGUGGAGACAUGUCUAAUUUUUUCUUUCUAAUUGUGUAGAAUGAAGUUGAUGUUAUCGAGUGGAGAGUGAAGAAACUUUAUUGAUAGGAAGAAGCUUUCAAGUAAUCAUGUUAUUUAUGGAUAAUUUGUGAUUUGAUUCAAUUUUCUUGAGUUUUCUAUAUUGAUGUUGAACAAUUUGUAUGGUUAAUUUGUUAUUUGUUUGAAUUUUCUAGAAUGGUGUUUUUUAUAUGGAUAAUUUGUAUUGAGAGGUUGCUAUUUGACUUUAAUUUUGAUAGGAACUUGUUAUUGUAAAUUUUGUAGGACAAAAACCUGUGGGUACCCAUGAACCCGCGGAUACCCACCGGGUUGGGUUGGGUUUGAGUUUUUCAAACCCAGUGGAUUUUACCCCGGAUUUUUUUCACGGAUAAACCCAAGGGUUUGGGUUUGGAAAAACCUGAUCCAACCAGAUCCAUUGCCAUCCCUACCUGCAAAUGUGUGGUUGAAGCGGUUGUAAACCGUAGGGAAGCGCAACAAGUGAACAAGCUUCACUCUCUAGGUCACUAGGCCAAGGGAUAUUAAAUCAAGCUACCAAAGUAGCUCUCUUGGCCAAUCGACUAAGGGUUGCUUAGGCUUCUCCCUCGAACCGUAGUCCGGACGGUCAAAAUAAAACCUACCCAAGGUGCUAACACGUAGCAUGAGGUUUGCCCUAAUUCAACCUAAGUAGGUGACACAAUUUGGCCAAGAAAUUCCAGCUUUUACAAGCCUCUUAGCAAUAACCGGAUUUCCCUCUACCUAGGUCAAAUUGGCAUAAGAUUUGGAAAUGGAAAACACAACACAACUGAUAAACCCUAACUAGUCAGCAUUUAUCGAAGGGAGAUUGAUAACGGACAAUAUUGUGCUUGCUAAUGAGUUAGUUAAGUGGUAUAGAAGGAAAAAUGUCUCCCUCGAUGUGCUCUCAAGAUCGAUAUCAUGAAAGCUUUUGAUAGUGUAGACUGGGACUUCCUUAAUUGUUUUUAAUGGCAAUGGGAUUCCCUGAAAAAUUUGUUCGUUGGAUUAAGAGUUGCUUAGAGUCAGCUAGCUUCACAGUGUGCAUAAAUGGAGGUCUAACAUGGAAUUUUCCCGCAAGAAAAGGUCUUAGGCAGGGUUUCCCCUUGUCCCCUUACUUGUUUGCCAUUAGUAUAGAAGUAUUAAGUUGUAUGUUGGAUCGUGCGGCAGAAAGAUCUUUUCUUCCGUAUCAUCCUCAAUGCAACAGUUGAAAGCUCACUCAUCUAUGUUUUGCUGAUGAUUUGUUGAUCUUUACUAAAGGGCCAGUAGAAGGGGUAGAAGUAGUAGCUAAGAUCCUACAGAAAUUUUAUCUAAUCUCAGGGCUUAAAUGUAAUCCAAGCAAGAGUGAGAUAUUCAGUGCAGGGGUGUCUGAAGGGUUAAGGGCAGAGCUAGCAAGAACUUAUGGGUUUCAGGAAGGGCAUUUACCAGUUAGAUAUCUGGGGCUUCCUCUCAAUGUAGAGAAACUCUCGGUAGAAGAUUGCAAAGCUUUAAUCAAUAGAAUUGCUGGCAGAAUCAAAGGAUGGCAGCCUAAACUUCUAUCAUAUGCGGGUAAAUUAGAGAUGGUCACUUCAGUGCUAGCUAGUAUGACACAAUAUUGGAUGAAUGUGAUUUUGCUCCCUAAAAAGGUAAUCAAGGAGAUAGAACUUCUCUGCUCUCAGUUCCUAUGAGGAGACUUAGAGAAGAAGAAAAAGGCAAGGGUGUCCUGGAAAAUGGUGGCUCUGCCUCGUGCUGAAGGUGGACUGGGUUUCAAAGAUCUCAGUUCUUGGAAUAAGGCGUGUUUAGCGCGACAUAUAUGGGGAGUACUGUCUGAUCAAAAAAACUCUCUGGAUUGCCUGGUUAAAGGAUUACAGACUUCGAAACCUCGGCAUCUGGGAGGUACAAACGAGAGGUUCUUGGGUUUGGAACAAAAUCCUAAACUCAGAGAUCUUUUUGCAGAUAAAUUGUGCAAAACAGCGCGCGGGGUGGAAUGGGAAGGUGCUGAAAUGCCCAGAUUCCAGAUUAGUAAGGUGGGGCAGAGUGUUAGACCACAAGGGGAAACAGUGGCAUGGGCAAAUUUGAUGUGGAAGAAAGGAAUACCUAAGAACUCGUUGCUGGUAUGGCUUAUAUUGUUGGGGAGGAUUACUACAUUGGAUAAAGUUCAAUGCUGGAAUGCAGAGGUAAAUGUCACCUGACCUUUGUGCAAGCAAGAAAAUGAAUAGCGAGAACAUAUUUUCUUCCAGUGUGGUUAUGUGCUGGACGUUUGGAAAGCUGUGUUUCCUGAUUCAUGGCAGCUUCCUAUAGAGGCUAGCUUGCAGGCAGCAGUGAUAACAGCGAAUAAGAAAUUUGGUGGAUGUCAAGUGGGUAGAAUUCUAUGGUGCCUUGUGUUGAAUGAACUAUGGAGAGAGAGAGGUGUAGAAGACUCUAUGGAGGGAAGCAGAUGCUAGUGGUUGAGCUGGUCCUGAGAAUGUAGAAGGUAAUGGAGGCAAAGGAGCUUGGGGAUCAUGAUUUUGCGGCGUCGCCAGCAGCAAGGUUUCUUUGGUAUAAAAGCUAGUUUGCUAGUUGAUUAGUCUGCAGUAGAAGGAACGUUGUUCUCCUUCUUUUUGGUUUGUGUGGACAGUCAGGUUUCUUGUACAAAGUUAAAAACUAUGUGCUGAUAGUAAAGAUGAAUAAAAUCCCACCCACUCAUCGGGGGGAAAAUACUUCAAUACUUGUAUUAAAAUACAACCACACACGAGUUAUUCAAUCCAUACAAACAUUCACAUAAUUCUAGCUAGGAUUUACAAGCUCUCAAGUGAAAGAAAGGACUACUCCAUCCUAAGAAGUGGGAUUACACAAAGGAGAAGAGAAAAGACCAUCAUGAUAGGAUUGCCUUCUUCCUUUUGUGUGGAGAUCAACCUUUGAGGAUGAGAAUCCCAAAUCUUGGAGCUUGAAUGAAACCCUAAACUUCCUCUCUUCUCUUGUUCGACACUUUGUCUCUCUGGAAAUAUGAAGAAUAAGAAUUUUUCUCACAUUAUGUUCUCUCCCUUUUCUCUUUCAUCUCAGCCCUCCAUUUUACCCAUAUUGGCGACUUUUCACGGUCCCAGUUUCACGACCGUGAAAUAUAAGCAUGGACCGUGAUGUUGAGCAAAAACGUCAUUUCAUUAAUGCUCUUCACGGUCUCGAGCUAAUUAUCACGGUCGAGUGGCCGUGAUAUUCUGAAUGCUCGCGAAAUGGACGAAACCCCUCUGGACUCCAUGCACUUCACGGUCGGUGCCUUGUCAUCCCGGUCUGGCUGACCGUGAACUUCUGGCCUCCACCGUGAACUCCUGCUGAUUGCUCCCUUUUGAUAUGUUUUCGCCCCUUUUUGCCCAACUUUCGUUCUUGAGGUCGAUUUCACCUGCUAGGAUCUAAAACAUACUAAAAACAAGCGCAACCUAGCAUAAAACUGAGGAAAUGGGGGUAAAAUGUGUACAAUAGGACCCGAAUCAACCACCUCUCUAGAGGAGCCACCAAAGUUAGAGCCCUUCCCAACUCAUCACGAGUAAGCAUUCCUGAGGGGGGGCAAUCUACCAGUCAUUGUCAGCUUAGAAUUCACCCCCGAACAAAAAAAUGGCUGGUGAUUCUACUAAGGAAGCAUGAGAGAGCACUAGCAUGGAAGAUCAUAGAUAUUAAGGGCAUUAGCCCCUCAUUCUGCUCUCACAUAAUCCUCAUGGAGGAUGAGAUCAAGCUAGUGGACAACCUCAGCGCAGACUUAACCUCAACAUGCAAGCUCUGGUCAUGGCAUAGAUUAUCAAAUUGUUGGAUGCCAAAAUUAUCGAUCCGAUCUCGGAUAGUGAGUGAGUGAGCCUCACUCAAAUAGUACCCAAGAAAAGAGGCAUGACAGUCGUGCCAAACAAGAAGAACAAGCUUAUCCUUGUGCGCAAAAUAAUAGGAUGACACAUGCUUAAGGAAAUGCAAUCAGUAGCUCGGGGAGUCUUGAGACUCUCCCGUUGAUUAGUGUUUAACCUUUUAGGGAUACAACUUAAAUUUAUUAUCUUUGUUUUUUGUUUGAUUCAAUAUGUGUAACUCCUCCAACUAGACAAGAGUCCAUCUAACUUUGUCUGGAAUGCGUUAGGAUGAAUACUAGUUUUUUGGUAACCAUCGUGGCUACCUACAUCUAAACCGUUCAUUAGCUCUAUUUUUUCCUUUUAAAAAAAACGGUCAAGAUUA